AGUAGCUGACUGCCCAUAGACUUCGAGGGCCUUGUUCGGGCGAUUCAAACGACCGGGAGGCAUCAGAAACAGUCACCUGGCAGGUCAGUUCACUGAUAAUCCACAAAGGACCUCGACUUCCGGGGCAUGGCCUGCCCGAGACCGGCAACAGUGCAACAAAAAGCUGGUGAAACGGCCUGGUUGCGUCACGGCUCGAGCAUGAUCGACCACAACCACGGGAAUACACGGACUGGUAGGCUGAUAGUAAAGGAGGAAAACGGGCCAUGGGGGCAGAGUGGAGCUCUUCACCCCCGGAUUCUCAUCGUGUGUCUGCUGUUUGGCGCAGAGUGCAGUGGGAGAGUGGAUGUCCAAGACUGGGGAGAUUCUCUAGCCGUUCUAGAUGCGGGCGAAGCCGGGGAGCAUCCCGGGAAGGACCGCGACGGACCCAGCUGGCCGGCCAGGGAUGAGUCAGCAGGGCGAGGCCGUGGUCGUCGGGAGACCGGAUUGGGAAGGCACGGAGGGAGGGAGAAUCGGGCAGGAGCGUGCAGUGCAGGGCAGGCGAUUAUUGACGGCGUCGGCCAGACGGAAGCAACUUCAGCAACAAUCCUCCUGAUAGUCCGCUCCAACAACUCCGAGACGAUCCCGAUUAUUUGCCAAUCUAUCUACUAUCUAUCAAUCUAUGCCAGGCACAACCAAAGUGGGCACAUCUUCAAGACAGCAGCAGCAUCGUCAGCUUCUGGUCUAGGGAGUAGGGUAUGUAACACUUUUCCCCUCACAGCAAAUACCGGCGCUGCCGACUUUUCUCCCCACCACGCGAAAUUUCCCCCUCACGGCCUCACGGACCUCUCCAAUUCCCGCCCAUCCCCUCCCUCCGUCUCCAACUGAGCCCGAGUCCGGAGGAUGAUGUCUUUGACAAUUGACGCAAACCUGGAAAACUCUUUAGCUUGUGAUCAUCUGGAACUGGACCCACCCCCCCUCGAGCCAGUCGCGUCUUGAGCCCGUCGCCAGAAGAAGGAAAUUAUCCGCCCUUCGAUUCCCCAGCGACACACCGAUUCGCCAAAAACAGCUAA